GUUCGGCGGGGCGGCUCCGCUCGUCGCCGCUGCCUUCAGUCGCAGGAGACGCGCGAUCCCUCGCGCAUGUGCAGUGACGGUUCCACUAACUAAACAUUAUAGUGCUGUGUUUGGAUAAAAUGAGGCUUUUAUUUUGGGUCACAGCCCUGGCUGUGCUCAGCAUAGCAGCAGCCAAGUCAACCAAUUCAACGGCAAAAACGAAACCGAAACGACAAUUAGAGAGCAUACGAACGCACGAAAACUUGCAAUAUUCUCUUAUACUUCCACACUCAAGAGUUCAGCAUUACAGAGCACUAAACAACAACAGACGUGUUUCUCAUGGCCCAACUAAAGGAAAGCUGCCACCUUACGCAGUGCAGAUGGAGCCAGUUGUACAGUACUCUCAAAAAGAUCCCCUGUAUGACCCCAACCAAGAUAAUGCAGAAGAAACUGUUGUAAACAAAAACGAGAUCUAUGCCCAAUCGAAAAUCUUGAACGUGGAUGAACAUUCCGGUGAAAGUUAUGGACCUCCGUACGGGACUUUGCCAACUGCUCCUCUGUACAGUCAGCAUCCUCAUUAUUACGAAGAACCUGAACCAAUUAUUGAAAUCAUCAUCAAGGAGUCCAAUGAAACGCUGCCAGCACCCCCUCCUCCACCAGUUCAAAAGAAGAAGAAAGAGCCAGUGCAUGUCUUCUAUGUAAAAUACAGUAAAGACCCUCACUCCAAGGAUAAAGUAAUCUAUGAGAAACCUAUCCCCGCUAUCACGCCGCCGACUAACGAAGAAGACGAACAUCAUGAAGAUGAAUAUGUGACAGUGACUCCCGAACCUUACGUACCUCCCAGGACUACCACCUUGAGAGCCAUUAUCAAACCAGAAUCUGAAGUAUAUCACAGUGACAGCAGCGUUAAAGUUACUUUUGGCAACGAAGGUCGUCAUUACAGUGACAGAAGAGAAGGAAAUAGCCACACAGAACAUCACGAAGAAACUGCCCCAAAGCCCGCCAUUGCAUUCCCCAAUUCCCCGCCCCAACCUACUCCACAAAGUCACCACAGUCAUCAAAUUCACCAGACUCAUCCCCAAUUAGAACGAUCGGCGUCUCCAAAACCACAGUUCGCAGAAUCUAGCACCAGGCCACCCUUCAUUCAACAUCAGCAUCAACACCAGCAGCAAUCUCAGUUCUUCAGAUCUGGUCCUCCGCAAGCUCAAAGCCGAAUCCAAUUCCAACCUCAUCAAAUUCCUAAUGAGCAACAGCUGCCCAGACAGGGACCUUCUGUAUCUCCUUUCAGACCUCAGCAGCAGCCUCAAACUCCUAGGAUUCCUUUCGGACCCACUCCUACCUUCAAUGCAGCAUUCUCCAACGGUCCUAUUGGCCCCGUCACACAUUUUGGUAGCCCGACUGUUGCUAGCCCAGUUACAGCUUUCCCUACCCCAUCGUUCCCCAGAGCUAACAAUGGUCCCAGUUUCCAUUCACGUGUUAACAGCCCACCUAACUUUGCCUCUCGGCCACCGUUCAAUGGGCCUCCAAGAACAAGCUUCCAUUCUGGACCACAGAGGCCUUUCCCAUCCCAGUCUAAGCCUGCCUACUUCGAUGAUCCUAAAUAUUUGCAAGAGAAUUAUCACACCAUAACCACGGAGCAAGUUGAUCAACCAAAACAGCAACAGUUGCCUAGCAGGCCACUUCAGUCUUUCGGUUCUCUAACACACCCUAGUCCCAGCCCAAGCCCAGCUUUCCAAGAACAUCGCCGCCCUCCUAUUGUUCCUCUUAAUCAACAACUGCCCCAGCAGAGACCAGCUCAACAGUUCCUUGAUUCAACCCAUAACAAACCAUCCAUCAGUAUCAAUCCUAGCGCUUCUCCCUUCUUUAAUUUGAAACCUUCCCCGCCACUCAUUGAGGACAAUCGCCCACCUUUCCACCAACAUCCUCAGCCCCAGCAACAGUUUAGCUUCCACCAAGGACCCCAGGGACUGCCUAGACCAUCACCACAGAUUCCAUUCCAACAACAACAUUCAUUCUCCGCUCCGAUAUCCGUUUCGCCUUCCCCUGCCCCUCAGAAUCAAUUUGUCCCAUCACCUUCUGCUGCUCCAUUGUACAAUUUCCAUCCUCAACCGUCACCAACACCUGAUGUUUUCCACCAAGGCUCACCAUCGGAAAGGCCACAGUUCCAUCAAGGACCUUCGGAGAGACCUUUUAGCCAGCACGAACAAAACAUUGGUGGCCUAAUUCCAAAUGGAGGAGAAUUAGUUCCAGCUAUAUCAAAAUAUGAACAACACAUUACAGUCAAUGGACCUACAGCUCAACCAUUCAGUGGUCUUGGAGAGUCUAACCCUAGUCAACCACAACCAUCGCCUAGUCAACAACAACAAUAUCAUCAACAGCAACAAAACCAACAACAACAGCGACAGCAAGAACAUCAACAGCGUCAACAUGACCAACAGCAAAGACACCAACAAGAACAACAACAGCGCCAUCAACAGGAACACCAGCAGCGACAGCAACAAGAACACCAGCAGCGUCAACAACAAGAACAGCAGCAGCGUCAACAACAAGAACAGCAGCAACGUCAUCAACAAGAACAACAACAUCGUCAACAGCAACAGCUACAGUUGCAACAACAGCAACAACAAUUAGAUGCUGAACAAGAACAAGUUAGGUUACAGCUAGCGCAUAAUGUACAAAAGCAACAAGAAGAAAUCCAACGCCUACAAGCCCAGUUAUUACACUCACAACAUCAACAGCAGCAGCACCAACAACAACAACAACAGCAGCAACAACAAUACCAAAACUCUUACCAGCAACAAGUACAGGCUACAUCCCCAAGGUCACAAUACAUCCAGGAAAGGUCACGACCACAUCCUACAUUUGCCACCAGUACUGCAUCUCCUCCUUACUAUCAGUCGACCUCUAGGACUGUAGAAAUUAAGCCAACAACGUCGAAAUAUGUAUCUUCUACUCAGAACUCUGUAUCUUCAACGCCGGAAACUAAGCACGAGGAAAAGAAGAAGAAACCCACUAUCGAACUCCCCGACGAAGUGCCAGAUGAUCUUCGUCAACAGCUGUUGUCUUCGGGUAUUUUAGAUAAUGCUGACAUCAGUGUUCUGGAUUACGAUAAAGUAGGAGACACGUCUCUGGAUCAGUUACCUCCAGAUCAGUUGGCUAACUUCUUCAGUGCUGGUGGUGGACAGCAAAUUGCCUCUAGUGAAAAUAGACCCGUCUAUGUCAAGCCUAACGGAGAUUCUAUUCAAUCUAGAAUUGACGAAGAUAUAGAUGAUGACCAGGAAUUCGCUGCAUCAGAAAAUGUUCCCAGUUAUGUGGCUCCUCCGUCAAAAGAUCAAGCUGUUGAGAUGAAAGUUGUUCAUUUUAACCCUGAGACUCCUGAAGGACAGCAGUUAGCUAGUGAAUACAUCAAAGAAAACGCCACACAAGUUGAUCCUGUAGCACUGAAUGACAAAAGGUACAACAGAUACUUGCCUUUGAAAGUUAGCGGCAAUCAGUUCCCACUACCAGAUGUCCUAAAAGGCAGGAAGGUUACCUCAGUCGUAGUCUUGGCUCCUGUCGAAACUGAAGCUUUAGGCUCCCAUCCACGAGCUGAGCGAGCAGCAGAAGAAAAUCUAAAGGGAAUUAAAUUUGUUGCUGGUGAGAGCUUACAAGAGCUAUUAAAACGACCGACAAAGGACAACUUCCAAAAGUGGCUCGAGGUUGAGAAGAAAACUGCUACUGAUUUACAAUCGGUCGUCUUACUUGUGACUGGUGACGAUGGAGCAACUGGUGAAAAGGAAAUUUUCAUGUACGACAUUGCUUCUGGCAAUGUAAACAAACUCGAUGGUGAGCUAUCAAACGCGUUCGUUGAAGCUGCAGAAAAUAACUCUCUCAGUAAAGAUAUUGAGUCACUGGCCAUUGAAGGAGAGGGUACCCCUGAAAAUUUUGACAAGAAAAGCGAAGACGUAGCCGCGGAAGGUUCUGAAAAUGUGCCAUUAUAUGUAGACUUAUCAGGCUUAAACUUAGAUCAGGAAAAUACAAACAAAGUGUCAAUAUCAUCAGGUUACAGUCAAACGAAACGUGGCAGAUCGUUUAGGAGACAUUGAUAAUUCAAAAUGCCAAAUGGUGUCUGAUCCUUGUAAAUAGUCUAGUAUUAGUAUUACUAAAUUAAAAAUCAACGCGUUGUUGCGUAUAGUCGUAAUUGUUUUUUUUUUUACAAAAGUGAUAAUGGUUGUACAAUAUAAAAUAACUGCCUAUUACAAUUUUGCUUUUAUUUAUCA